AUGACCGCAAUCCCAAUUCCACUAAACCAACGCUCCCUCUCAUCCACCUCCGUCGACAUGCAGUCCCCCUUCAGUUACUCCGACUCUUACUCCUCCUACUCCUCCUCACCAGGUAGCAUGGAUUUCUUUUUCUACGGCAGCCAGCCAGUCUACGACUCCCUCUGCGACCUCGACGCAAUCAGCCCACUCCCCAUGCAAGAGGUCGCUCAAGAGGUAUACGGCAUCACCAGCUCCCCAUACACCUACCAAGAACCACAAGAAUACCCCACACGCCAGGACUACCCCGUCUUCGACCGAUCCACUAUGCCCCAUGGCGCACCCAGCAGCUGCGGCAGCAGUUACAGCAGCUACAGCAGCAACUUCAACUUCCCAGCUGAAGGGAUGAACUUGCCAAACUACCCCACGGGCGAAUACGAGUCCGGCCCCGACUCACCAGCACCUACCUCCAAGCCCGCCAAGCCUUUCGGAUGCGACAACUGCGGAAAGUCCUUCACCCGCUUCGCGGACCUCAAGCGCCACCAAUCCAGCGUCCAUUACCCCGUUUUCCGCAACUGCCCAGUCGAGAGCUGCUCGCGCAAGGGCAGCAAUGGCUUCCCACGACAAGACCACCUUGUCGAGCACCUGCGCUCAUACCACCACCUCGACCUGCCGAAGCGCAAUGCCUGCAAGCGCUCUGCGAAGCAGAUCUCAUGA